AGAAAACGAAAGAGAUCUCUCUCUCUUUCACUGAGAUCAGGAAAAUGGCAGAGGCGAGUAUUUCAGUAGAUCAGGACCAGUUCAUCUGUCCAGUGUGUCUGGAUCUCCUGAAGGAUCCGGUGACUCUCUCCUGUGGUCACAGUUUCUGUAAGGUGUGUAUUAAUGGCUGCUGGGAUCAGGAGGAUCAGAAGGACGUCUACAGCUGUCCUCAGUGCAGAGACACUUUCACACCAAGGCCUGUUCUACGCAGAAACAACAUGCUGGCUGAUGUGGUGGAGAAACUGAAGAAGACUGAAGUCCAAGCUGCUUCUCCUGCUCACUGUUACGCUGGACCUGGAGAUGUGGAGUGUGAUUUCUGCACCGGGAGAAAACACAAAGCCGUCAAGUCCUGUCUGGUGUGUGUGGCUUCAUUUUGUGAAACUCAUCUCAAACCUCAUCUUGAAAGUCCUGCUUUGAAAAAACACACAUUAAUGGAAGCUUCUGGAAAUCUACAAGAGAAGAUCUGCUCUGAACACGAUGAAGUUCUGAAGAUCUUCUGUCGUACUGAUCAGAGAUGUAUUUGCUCUUUGUGCCUGUUGGAUAAACAUAAAGGCCACGACGCUGUAUCAGUUGCAGCAGGAAGAGCUGAGAAACAGAGUGAGUUAAAGGAGGAGCAGAUGAAAUUCCAGCAGAGACUCCAGGAGAAGCAGAAGAAGGUGCAGGAGCUGAAACAGACUGUGAACACUAUAAAGCUCAGUGCACAGACAGCAGUGGAGGACAAUGAGAGGAUCUUUACUGAGCUGAUCAGCUUCAUGGAGAAAAAGCGCUCGGAGGUGACGGAGAUGAUCAGAGCUCAGGAGAAGGCUGAACUGAGUCGAGCUGAACGACUCCUGGAGCAACUGGAGCAGGAGAUUGAUGAUCUUCAGAGGAGAGUCACUGAGCUGGAGAAGCUUUCACACACACACGAUCACAUCCAUUUCCUCCAGGCUUUAGCUUCUGGAUGUCAGUCUCCUCUAUUAAACAGACCAGAUUUUGACACGUCCAGCAUCAGGGUCCCUCAACAUCUGUCAUUUGAUGGAGUGAAGAAUUCUCUCUCAGAUCUGAAGAAGAGACUGGAGGAAUUCUGUGAGGAGGAAUUCAACAAAAUCCCUCCACAUGCUGCAGCAGUUCAGAUCAUUUCACCACCAGAUCCACAGAACAGAGAAGAGUUUCUGAAAUAUUUCUGUUCUCUGACUCUGGAUCCCAACACGUCACAUCGUAAACUCAUUCUGUCUGAGAAGAACAGAGCAGUGACAGUCAGUGAGAGAAAACAGCAGUACUCUGAUCAUCCAGAGAGAUUUGACUCCUGGUCUCAGGUGUUGUGUAAGGAGAGUGUGUGUGGACGCUGUUACUGGGAGGUGGAGUGGAGCGGUGUUGGUGUGUCCAUAUCAGUCUCAUAUAAAGACAUCAGGAGGAAAGGACGGGGUGAUGAGUGUGUGUUUGGACGCAACAAACAGUCCUGGAGUCUGGGAUGUUCUUCUUCUUCUCUCUCUUUCUAUCACAACAACAUUAAGACUGAUCUCAGAGUUCCAUCAUCCUCCAGAAUAGGAGUGUAUGUGGAUCACAGUGCAGGAACUCUGUCCUUCUACAGCGUCUCUGACACCAUGAAGCUCCUCCACAGAGUCCACACCACAUUCACUCAGCCUCUAUACGCUGGGUUCUGGUUUGAUUGGUGGAUUGGUUUUCCAUCUAUUAGAUUGUGUGAUCCAAAUACAUCUUCCAAAUGCAGUAAAUGUAAAUAUGUGCUUUAUGUUCUGAAGGGAGAUGAAAUGGUUAACAAAGGAGUGUUCAUAACCUCACUGUGCUUGUGCUCCUCCUCUCUUUCUCUCUCUCUCUCUCUCUCUCUCUCUCACACACACACACACACACACACACACACACACACACAACCAGGAAGUUUCAGAGAAAACGAAAGAGAUCUUUCUCUCUCUCUCUCUUUCUCUGAGUUCAGGAAAAUGGCUGAGGCGAGUAUUUCAGUAGAUCAGGACCAGUUCAUUUGUCCAGUGUGUCUGGAUCUAUUGAAGGAUCCAGUGACUCUCUCCUGUGGUCACAGUUUCUGUAAGGUGUGUAUUAAUGGCUGCUGGGAUCAGGAGGAUCAGAAUGACGUCUACAGCUGUCCUCAGUGCAGAGACACUUUCACACCAAGGCCUGUUCUACGCAGAAACAACAUGCUGGCUGAAGUGGUGGAGAAACUGAAGAAGACUGAAGUCCAAGCUGCUUCUCCUGCUCACUGUUACGCUGGACCUGGAGAUGUGGAGUGUGAUUUCUGCACCGGGAGAAAACACAAAGCCGUCAAGUCCUGUCUGGUGUGUGUGGCUUCAUUUUGUGAAACUCAUCUCAAACCUCAUCUUGAAAUUCCUGCUUUGAAAAAACACACAUUAAUUGAAGCCUCUGGAAAUCUACAAGAGAAGAUCUGCUCUGAACACGAUGAAGUUCUGAAGAUCUUCUGUCGUACUGAUCAGAGAUGUAUUUGCUCUUUGUGCCUGUUGGAUAAACAUAAAGGCCACGACGCUGUAUCAGUUGCAGCAGGAAGAGCUGAGAAACAGAGUGAGUUAAAGGAGGAGCAGAUGAAAUUCCAGCAGAGACUCCAGGAGAAGCAGAAGAAGGUGCAGGAGCUGAAACAGACUGUGAACACUAUAAAGCUCAGUGCACAGACAGCAGUGGAGGACAAUGAGAGGAUCUUUACUGAGCUGAUCAGCUCCAUGGAGAAAAAGCGCUCGGAGGUGACGGAGAUGAUCAGAGCUCAGGAGAAGGCUGAACUGAGUCGAGCUGAACGACUCCUGGAGCAACUGGAGCAGGAGAUUGAUGAUCUUCAGAGGAGAGUCACUGAGCUGGAGAAGCUUUCACACACACAUGAUCACAUCCAUUUCCUCCAGGCUUUAGCUUCUGGACCUCAGUCUCCUCUAUUAAACAGACCAGAAUUUGACACGUCCAGCAUCAGGGUCCCUCAACAUCUGUCAUUUGAUGGAGUGAAGAAUUCUCUCUCAGAUCUGAAGAAGAGACUGGAGGAAUUCUGUGAGGAGGAAUUCAACAAAAUCCCUCCACAUGCUGCAGCAGUUCAGAUCAUUUCACCACCAGAUCCACAGAACAGAGAAGAGUUUCUGAAAUAUUUCUGUUCUCUGACUCUGGAUCCCAACACGUCACAUCGUGACCUCAUUCUGUCUGAGAAGAACAGAGCAGUGACACUCAGUAAGAGAGAGCAGCAGUACUCUGAUCAUCCAGAGAGAUUUGACUCCUGGUCUCAGGUGUUGUGUAAGGAGAGUGUGUGUGGACGCUGUUACUGGGAGGUGGAGUGGAGCGGUGAUGGUGUGUCCAUAUCAGUCUCAUAUAAAGACAUCAGGAGGAAAGGAGGUGAUAAUGAGUGUGUGUUUGGACGCAACAAACAGUCCUGGAGUCUGGAAUGUUCUUCUUCUUCUCUCUCUUUCUAUCACAACAACAUUGAGACUGAUCUCAGAGUUCCAUCAUCCUCCAGAAUAGGAGUGUAUGUGGAUCACAGUGCAGGAACUCUGUCCUUCUACAGCGUCUCUGACACCAUGAAGCUCCUCCACAGAGUCCACACCACAUUCACUCAGCCUCUAUACGCUGGGUUCAGGCUCGACUGGUGGUUUCUUUCUUCAUCUGUGAGAUUGUGUGAUCUAAAAUAAUGUGUGUAGUGUUUUGUGUAACAUUCCUCCACAUUACCACAUUAUUACUCCAUCAUCUGUUUAACACACAAUCCAGCUGCACAAAAAACAUUUUCAUUGUAAAUUAAAACAGAUUCAUCCUGGAUGAUGAACCAUAUCAGAACCAUAUAAAUCCAAGUUUGUGUUAAAUAUUAUGACCAAAGUUUUGAAAAUAAAAGAUCAGACCACAGAAGAACGGUGUGAACUGGGUGUCAGUGUCAGUCUCAUAUAAAGAGAUCAGAAGGAAAGGAAGUCGUAAUGAAUGUGGGUUUAAUUUAACACAAACUGAUGCUGAUUGUAGAAUAAAUAGUUUUGUGGCACCGUAAUGAAGACUGUAAAGUAACUGAAGAGUUUUCUUUAACCUCUGAAAUCAACUGCAUUAAGAAUAUUGAUCUAUUUUAUAAUUCUGGUGAUUAAAGUGAAAUUAUU